AUGGCUGAUAAAUCAAAUGGCAAAAGUUCGCAGAAUGACAAGAAGCGCCUGAGUAGCCCAGAUGUUGAGACGCCUGUGAAGCGCGUUAAAACAGAAGACGGCGAGGAUUCGAAACCGACCGAAUAUAACAAAUACCUUGCACAUUGGAAUAAUGGUAAUGGUGACUCGGAUAGCAAAUACAACGGAAAUGGGUUUAGCGAUAGACUGCCGAAAGGUUCUCCUCUGGCGCAUUUCGAGCGACGAAAAACAACAGCCAAACAAGCAUCCAAAGCUGAGGAUGGUGACAAUAACCCUUUUACCGGAGAACCGCAUUCACAACAAUAUUUUAACAUAUUGAAGUCGAGGCGCAACCUUCCCGUUCAUAAACAAAGACAAGAAUUUCUCGACCUAUAUCACAAAUCGCAAAUUCUGGUGUUCGUCGGUGAAACUGGUUCUGGUAAAACAACGCAAAUUCCCCAAUAUGUCGUCUAUGAUGAACUACCACAUCUUAAUCGAAAGCUGGUUGCCUGUACGCAACCCCGACGAGUCGCCGCCAUGUCCGUUGCCCAGCGUGUUGCCGACGAGCUUGACGUUACUCUAGGAGAGGAGGUCGGUUAUAGUAUCCGUUUCGAAGACAAGACGAGUUCCAAGACGAUACUCAAGUACAUGACCGAUGGUAUGCUGUUGAGAGAGGCGAUGCACGAUCACGACAUGUCACGAUAUAGCUGUAUUAUAUUGGACGAAGCGCACGAGCGUACCCUCGCUACCGACAUACUUAUGGCACUUCUGAAGCAAAUCACCAGGCGCAGGCCCGACCUCAAGCUGAUUGUCAUGUCUGCCACGCUAGAUGCGCAGAAGUUCCAACGGUAUUUCUUCGAUGCACCCUUACUCGCUGUCCCAGGUCGAACAUUCCCUGUCGAGAUUUUCUACACACCCGAGCCCGAGAAGGAUUACGUGGAGGGUGCGAUACGUACUGUGCUUCAAAUCCAUGCUGGUGAGGGCGAAGGGGACAUUCUCCUCUUUCUUACUGGCGAGGAAGAGAUCGAGGAUACAUGUAGGAAGAUCUCCCUCGAGGUCGACGAGCUUGUGAGGGAAACUGAUUGCGGGCCGAUGGCGGUAUAUCCCCUUUAUGGCACACUCCCUCCACACCAGCAGCAGAAAAUAUUCGACCAGGCGCCCCCUCCGCUCAAGAAAGGUGGUAGACCUGGUCGCAAGUGCAUCGUAUCAACAAAUAUUGCUGAGACAAGUUUGACAAUCGACGGUAUCGUCUAUGUUGUCGAUCCUGGUUUUAGUAAACAGAAGAUCUAUAAUCCUCGAUUACGAGUGGAGUCGCUUUUGGUGUCUCCCAUCUCCAAGGCUUCUGCUCAGCAGCGAGCUGGUCGUGCUGGUCGAACAAAACCUGGAAAGUGUUUCCGGCUAUACACGGAAAAGGCAUUCAAAGAUGAGCUGAUUGAGCAGACAUAUCCAGAAAUUCUUCGAUCUAACCUUGCGAACACCGUGCUCGAGCUCAAGAAGCUUGGUGUCGUAGAUCUGGUGCAUUUCGAUCUCAUGGACCCUCCUGCUCCCGAGACCAUGAUGCGGGCUCUCGAGGAACUUAACUAUCUUAGGUGCCUCGACGACGAGGGAGAACUGACAGCUCUUGGCGGUUUAGCAUCCGAGUUUCCCUUGGAUCCCAGUUUGGCCGUCAUGCUCAUUUCGAGCCCCGAAUUCUACUGUUCGAAUGAAAUGCUCUCGAUCACUGCACUCCUCUCGGUGCCUCAGAUCUUCGUGCGCCCAGCUCAAAAGAGGCGAGAAGCUGAUGAAAUGAAGAAUUUAUUCAAGCACAACGACGGUGAUCAUUUAACUAUGCUAAAUGUCUACCACGCUUUUAAGGGGGUCUUGAACCGCAGCGAGGAUGCGAGGACGUGGUGCCACAAGCACUAUCUGUCGUUCCGUCAUCUUUCUAGUGCGGAUAACGUCCGUGCUCAACUCAAGCGCAUUAUGGAAACGCAAGGUUUAGACCUCAUCAGCACAGACUUCAACGAUAAAAAUUACUAUAUUAAUAUUCGUCGCGCACUUGUCACCGGCUUCUUCAUGCAAGUGGCCAAAAAGGAGAAGGAUAGGGUAUACCGCACCCUGAAAGACAACAGCCAACAAGUGAUGCUGCACCCGAGCACCGUACUCCAGACAGAAUAUGACUGGGUUCUCUAUAACGAAUUUGUUAUGACAUCCAAACAUUAUAUCCGAACAGUCACCGGAAUUAAGCCGGAGUGGCUCUUGGAACUCGCCCCCGUAUAUUACGAUAUCGAUUCUUGGGACGGGCAGAAAGAUGUCAAGUUAGCACUAAAGGCAGUAGCUGACAAGAUGAGACGCCGAGCUGCUAUGAAGGGUGGCCGCUGA